CCGAUCUUAUCCUCCUCCUACCCUGCAGGACGGCAGGAGUCUCUUUCUCUCUCCUCUCCUCUGCUCAAAAACCCUAUCCCAGAAAACCUCACCAUCAUCGCUCGCAGAGCUCCGAAUCGGAUCCGGAUCCGACAGGGAAGGGGAACAGUACAGAUGGGGGCGAGCAGCGACCCGAACCCGGACGCCUCCGACGAGCACCAGAAGCGGUCGGAGAUCUACACGUACGAGGCCCCCUGGCACAUCUACGCCAUGAACUGGAGCGUCCGCCGCGACAAGAAGUACCGCCUCGCCAUCGCCAGCCUCCUCGACCACCCCACCGCCGUCACCAACCGCGUCGAGAUCGUCCAGCUCGACGACUCCACCGGCGAGAUCCGCGCCGACCCCAACCUCUCUUUCGACCACCCCUACCCGCCCACCAAGGCCGCCUUCGUCCCCGACAAGGACUGCCAGCGCGCCGACCUCCUCGCCACCUCCUCCGACUUCCUCCGCAUCUGGCGCGUCGCCGACGACUCCUCCCGCGUCGAGCUCCGCUCCUUCCUCAACGGCAACAAGAACAGCGAGUUCUGCCGCCCCCUCACCUCCUUCGACUGGAACGAGGCCGAGCCCAAGCGCAUCGGCACCUCCAGCAUCGACACCACCUGCACCAUCUGGGACAUCGAGCGCGAGACCGUCGACACCCAGCUCAUCGCCCACGACAAGGAGGUCUACGACAUCGCCUGGGGCGGCGUCAGCGUCUUCGCCUCCGUCUCCGCCGACGGCUCCGUCCGCGUCUUCGACCUCCGCGACAAGGAGCACUCCACCAUCAUCUACGAGAGCUCCGAGCCCGACACCCCGCUCGUGCGGCUCGGCUGGAACAAGCAGGACCCCCGCUACAUGGCCACCAUCAUCAUGGACAGCGCCAAGGUCGUGGUGCUCGACAUCCGCUACCCUACCAUGCCCGUCGUCGAGCUGCAGAGGCACCAGGCGAGCGUCAACGCCAUCGCCUGGGCGCCGCACAGCUCCUGUCACAUUUGCACGGCUGGGGACGACUCGCAGGCGCUCAUCUGGGACCUGUCGUCGAUGGCGCAGCCCGUGGAGGGUGGCCUGGACCCGAUUCUGGCCUACACGGCAGGGGCGGAGAUCGAGCAGUUGCAGUGGUCGUCCUCGCAGCCUGAUUGGGUUGCGAUCGCCUUCUCUUCGAAGCUUCAGAUACUUAGGGUGUAAUGAUUAGUGAGUAAUCCUUCACUGAGGUAGUGUAAUUUAAUUGGAUGGGAUAGUUCAUAUGUGUAGUGGGACUUAGAAAGUGACUUGUUGGUGCCCCAUUCAUUCGACUUGAGUGACUGGUGAAACUGUGGUUACCGAUGGCUGUUGAUGGUAAAUGUGAUCAUUGCUGUUUCG